AUGUCUGACUACACCCCUAUCGCGGAGAUCCCCAAGAUCGUCGCCUCCCUCCGCACAACCUUCCGCUCGGGCCACACCAAGCCCCUCGCCUUCCGCCGCCACCAACUGCACCAGCUCGCGCGCCUCGCCCAAGAAAACGCCGACGCCCUCGCCACCGCCAUCCACCUCGACCUCGGCCGGCCAAAGCAGGAGAGCAUCAUGGCCGAGGUCGGCGCGAUCGUCGAGCGGUCCCUCAUCUGCGCGGAGAAGGUGGGAGAGUGGGUGCAGACGGAGGAUCUGGAGGGGAAGGUGGAGGUGUGGCAGAGGGGGUGGAGGCCGCGGGUUGUGAAGGAGGCGAAGGGGGUCGUGUUGAUCAUUGCCCCGUGGAACUACCCCCUCAUCCUCGCCCUCCAACCCCUCUACGGCGCGAUCGCCGCUGGGUGCUGCGCCGUCAUCAAGCCCUCCGAGAUCUCCGCCCACUUCUCAUCCUUGCUCGCCACGCUCCUCCCGCAGUACCUCGAUACGUCGGCGUAUAAGGUCGUACUGGGCGGUGUGGAGGAGACGACGGAGCUGCUCCAGGUCAAGUUCGACCACAUAUUCUACACCGGCAACGCCCGCGUCGCCCGCCUCAUCUCCCUCGCCGCCUCCCACUUCCUCACGCCCCUCACCCUCGAACUCGGCGGCAAAUCCCCCGUCCUCCUCCUCCCCCCGCUCUCCCCGUCCUCCCUCUCCCUCGCCGCCAAGCGCAUCAUAUGGGGCAAAACGCAGAACGCCGGGCAGAUCUGCGUAGCCCCCGACUACGUCCUCGUCGACCCGUCCCUCCGCUCCUCCUUCAUCGCCGAGAUCCGCACGCACCUCCAGGCGUUCUUCCCCGAGGAGGGAGGUGCGUUGAAGAGUAAAGACUACGGCCGGAUCGUGUCAGAGUCGCAUUUUGGAAGGCUGACGGCGAUGCUGGAGCGCACGCGGGGCCGGGUGGUGCUUGGCGGCCGGUGGGAUGUGCAGAGCAGGGGGAUUGAGCCGACGGUGGUGGUGGAUGUACCUGAGGGCGAUGUGUUGUUGGAGGAUGAGCUGUUUGGGCCGGUGUUGCCGGUUGUGGAGGUGGAGGGGGUGGAGGGGGCGUUGAGGUAUUUGGAGGAUAGGGAACACCCGUUGGUGAUAUAUGCGUUCACGGAUGGGGAGGAGGUGAAGAAGAGGCUCGAAUCCCACACAACAUCCGGAACCCUCGUCUUCGGCGACACAUUCGCCCAAGUCGCCAUCAACGAGCUGCCGUUCGGCGGGGUGGGCGAGUCGGGCUACGGCCGGCAGGUCUUGAAGUACAGUUUUGAUAAUUUUGUUUAUGAGCGGGGGGUGGUGGAUGUUCCUUUUGGCGACGAACCCGUCCUCGCGAUGCGCUACCCGCCCUAUACCGCAGAGUCGUUGGAAUUUUUCUCGGCGCCGCUCAAGGUCGACAUUCCACGCGACUGA